AUUCCAUCCCAUCACCCCGUGAUCCUUCCCCAUUUUCCCAUGACCAGCCCCCACAGGACCCUCCCCUGCUCCAUGUGACCCUCCCACUACCUCCUCCAUGAAGGUCUCCUGGAUUUCCCCACUCGCCUCUCACAGCCCUCCAUUGCCUCUGCAGACGCUGCCCCAUCUGACGCUCGGCUCGAGGCCUCUCUGUGAGGGACCGGGGGGCCAUCCCCCUCCAGGGCGGAGAUCAGAGGUCGCUGCCAAGCAUGGCGCCCACCUGGGGCCCUGGCAUGGUAUCCGUGGUUGGUCCCAUGGGCCUCCUUGUGGUCCUGCUUGUUGGAGGCUGCGCAGCAGAAGAGCCCCCCAGGUUUAUCAAAGAACCCAAGGACCAGAUUGGUGUGUCCGGGGGUGUGGCCUCUUUCGUGUGUCAAGCCACGGGCGACCCCAAGCCACGAGUGACCUGGAACAAGAAAGGCAAGAAGGUCAACUCUCAGCGCUUUGAGACGAUUGAGUUUGAUGAGAGUGCGGGGGCAGUGCUGAGGAUCCAGCCUCUGAGGACACCGCGGGAUGAAAACGUGUACGAGUGUGUGGCCCAGAACUCGGUUGGGGAGAUUACAGUCCAUGCCAAGCUCACUGUCCUCCGAGAGGACCAGCUGCCCUCCGGCUUCCCCAACAUCGACAUGGGCCCGCAGUUGAAGGUGGUGGAGCGGACACGGACAGCCACCAUGCUCUGUGCGGCCAGCGGCAACCCUGACCCUGAGAUCACCUGGUUCAAGGACUUCCUGCCCGUGGAUCCUAGUGCCAGCAAUGGACGCAUCAAACAGCUACGAUCGGAAACCUUUGAAAGCACUCCGAUUCGAGGAGCCCUGCAGAUUGAAAGCAGUGAGGAAACCGACCAGGGCAAAUACGAGUGUGUGGCCACCAACAGCGCCGGCGUGCGCUACUCCUCACCUGCCAACCUCUACGUGCGAGCUCUUCCCAAAGCUCCCGGGACUCCCGUGGUGACCGAAAACACAGCCACCAGCAUCACCAUCACGUGGGACUCGGGCAACCCAGACCCUGUAUCCUAUUACGUCAUCGAAUAUAAAUCCAAGAGCCAGGACGGGCCAUAUCAGAUUAAAGAGGACAUUACCACCACACGCUACAGCAUUGGCGGUCUGAGCCCCAACUCGGAGUACGAGAUCUGGGUGUCGGCUGUCAAUUCCAUCGGCCAGGGGCCCCCCAGCGAGUCCGUGGUCACCCGCACGGGCGAGCAAGCCCCGGCCAGCGCGCCGCGAAACGUGCAAGCCCGGAUGCUCAGCGCCACUACCAUGAUCGUGCAGUGGGAGGAGCCGGUGGAGCCCAACGGGCUGAUUCGUGGCUACCGUGUGUACUACACCAUGGAGCCGGAGCACCCCGUGGGCAACUGGCAGAAGCACAACGUGGACGACAGCCUGCUGACCACCGUGGGCAGCUUGCUGGAGGACGAGACCUACACCGUACGGGUGCUCGCCUUCACCUCCGUCGGCGACGGGCCCCUCUCGGACCCCAUCCAGGUCAAGACGCAGCAGGGAGUGCCCGGCCAGCCCAUGAACCUGCGGGCCGAGGCCAGGUCGGAGACCAGCAUCACGCUGUCCUGGAGCCCCCCGCGGCAGGAGAGCAUCAUCAAGUACGAGCUCCUCUUCCGGGAAAGCGACCACGGCCGGGAGGUGGGAAGGACCUUCGACCCGACGACUUCUUACGUGGUGGAGGACCUGAAGCCCAACACGGAGUACGCCUUCCGCCUGGCGGCCCGCUCGCCGCAGGGCCUGGGCGCCUUCACUCCCGUGGUGCGGCAGCGCACGCUGCAGUCCAAACCGUCAGCCCCCCCUCAAGACGUUAAAUGUGUCAGCGUGCGCUCCACGGCCAUUUUGGUAAGUUGGCGCCCGCCGCCGCCGGAAACGCACAACGGGGCCCUGGUGGGCUACAGCGUCCGCUACCGACCGCUGGGCUCAGAGGACCCGGAACCCAAGGAGGUGAACGGCAUCCCCCCGACCACCACUCAGAUCCUGCUGGAGGCCUUGGAGAAGUGGACCCAGUACCGCAUCACGACUGUCGCUCACACAGAGGUGGGACCAGGGCCCGAGAGCUCGCCCGUGGUCGUCCGCACCGACGAGGAUGGGGCCCCUCCCAGGACUGUGGGGGGUAUGAAGGAGGCCAUGUCCUCCCGCCCGGUGGUGAGCGCUAAGGGCGCCCAGUUAUUCACCGGCAGCCACUCGGCAUCCUGGAAUCGGACAGUGGCACUGCCCGGGGCAGGGCCGGGCGCCCUGUGGGAGACGGAUGACACGGCCGAAUAUGAGAUGGUCAUCACAAACCUGCAGCCUGAGACCGCGUACUCCAUCACGGUAGCCGCCUACACCAUGAAGGGCGAUGGCGCUCGCAGCAAACCCAAGGUGGUUGUGACCAAGGGAGCAGGUAUGCGACCCGCCCACCCCCUACCUACGGCCUCUUUGCCCUCCCCCCCGCCACUGGCACCAGAGCGGCCGGGCCAGGGCCAGGCAGGAAGGCCGUGGGCAUGGGCACAGCGGACGACAGGGAGCGCCUGGGCCGCCCCACCCCACCCCGAUUCAUGCCGCCUGGUGCCAGGCACUCACGGGGCCUCUCUUCUGCUCUCUCCCUGCUCGGCCACCUCCCUGGCAGUCUCGCCCAAGAACUUCAAGGUGAAAAUGAUCAUGAAGACAUCGGUUCUGCUCAGCUGGGAGUUCCCUGACAACUACAACUCGCCCACGCCGUACAAGAUCCAGUACAACGGGCUCACACUGGAUGUGGAUGGCCGCACCACCAAGAAGCUCAUCACACACCUCAAGCCCCACACCUUCUAUAACUUUGUGCUGACCAAUCGCGGCAGCAGCCUGGGUGGCCUCCAGCAGACAGUCACCGCAUGGACCGCCUUCAACCUGCUCAACGGCAAGCCCAGUGUUGCCCCCAAGCCCGACGCCGAUGGCUUCAUCAUGGUGUAUCUUCCUGACGGCCAGAGCCCCGUGCCUGUCCAGAGCUAUUUCAUUGUGAUGGUGCCACUGCGCAAGUCUCGCGGAGGCCAAUUCCUGACCCCGCUGGGUAGCCCGGAGGACAUGGAUCUGGAGGAGCUCAUCCAGGACAUCUCACGGCUACAGAGGCGCAGCUUGCGGCACUCGCGUCAGCUGGAGGUGCCCCGGCCCUAUAUCGCAGCUCGCUUCUCUGUGCUGCCACCCACCUUCCACCCCGGCGACCAGAAGCAGUAUGGCGGCUUUGAUAACCGGGGCCUUGAGCCUGGCCACCGCUAUGUCCUCUUUGUGCUUGCUGUGCUUCAGAAAAGCGAGCCUACCUUUGCAGCCAGUCCCUUCUCAGACCCCUUCCAGCUGGAUAACCCGGACCCCCAGCCCAUCGUGGAUGGCGAGGAGGGGCUUAUCUGGGUGAUUGGGCCUGUGCUGGCCGUGGUCUUCAUAAUCUGCAUUGUCAUUGCUAUCCUGCUCUACAAGAACAAACCUGACAGUAAACGCAAGGACUCAGAACCUCGCACCAAAUGCCUCCUGAACAAUGCUGACCUCGCCCCUCACCACCCCAAGGACCCUGUAGAAAUGAGACGCAUUAACUUCCAGACUCCAGAUUCAGGCCUCAGGAGCCCCCUCAGGGAGCCGGGGUUUCACUUUGAAAGUAUGCUUAGCCACCCGCCAAUCCCCAUCGCAGACAUGGCAGAGCACACGGAGCGGCUCAAGGCCAACGACAGCCUCAAGCUCUCCCAGGAGUAUGAGUCCAUCGACCCUGGACAGCAGUUCACAUGGGAACAUUCCAACCUGGAAGUGAACAAGCCGAAGAACCGGUACGCCAACGUCAUCGCCUAUGACCACUCCCGCGUCAUCCUCCAGCCCAUUGAAGGCAUCGUGGGUAGUGAUUACAUCAAUGCCAACUACGUGGAUGGCUACCGGCGUCAGAACGCGUACAUUGCCACGCAGGGGCCGCUGCCCGAGACCUUUGGGGACUUCUGGCGUAUGGUGUGGGAGCAGCGGUCGGCCACUAUCGUCAUGAUGACGCGGCUGGAGGAGAAGUCACGGAUCAAGUGUGAUCAGUACUGGCCCAACAGAGGCACGGAGACCUACGGCUUCAUCCAGGUCACGUUGCUGGACACCAUCGAGCUGGCCACGUUCUGCGUCAGAACAUUCUCUCUGCACAAGAAUGGCUCUAGUGAGAAACGCGAGGUCCGCCAGUUCCAGUUUACGGCGUGGCCAGACCACGGCGUGCCGGAAUACCCAACGCCUUUCCUGGCUUUCCUGCGGAGAGUCAAGACCUGCAACCCACCAGAUGCCGGCCCCAUCGUGGUUCACUGCAGUGCCGGUGUGGGCCGCACAGGCUGCUUCAUCGUCAUCGACGCCAUGCUGGAGCGGAUCAAGCCAGAGAAGACAGUCGACGUCUAUGGCCACGUGACGCUCAUGAGGUCCCAGCGCAACUACAUGGUGCAGACGGAGGACCAGUACAGCUUCAUCCACGAGGCCCUGCUGGAGGCCGUGGGCUGUGGCAACACAGAAGUACCUGCACGCAGCCUCUAUGCCUACAUCCAGAAGCUGGCCCAGGUGGAGCCUGGCGAGCACGUCACUGGCAUGGAACUCGAGUUCAAGCGGCUGGCCAAUUCCAAGGCCCACACGUCACGCUUCAUCAGUGCCAAUCUGCCUUGUAACAAGUUCAAGAACCGCCUGGUGAACAUCAUGCCCUAUGAGAGUACACGGGUCUGUCUGCAGCCCAUCCGGGGUGUGGAGGGCUCUGACUACAUCAACGCCAGCUUCAUUGAUGGCUACAGGCAGCAAAAGGCCUACAUCGCGACACAGGGGCCGCUGGCGGAGACGACGGAAGAUUUCUGGCGCAUGCUAUGGGAGAACAAUUCGACCAUCGUGGUGAUGCUGACCAAGCUGCGGGAGAUGGGCCGGGAGAAGUGUCACCAGUACUGGCCGGCCGAGCGCUCUGCCCGCUACCAGUACUUUGUGGUAGAUCCGAUGGCAGAAUACAACAUGCCUCAGUAUAUCCUGCGAGAGUUCAAGGUCACAGAUGCCCGGGUGAGUCUAGAGACAGAUUGGCGGAAGGGGCUGGAGUCAGGCUGGGCCCCACAGGCUGUUGCCUUAGUGAUCUGGAAAGGGCUGCCCUGUUUGCACCUGCCCCUGAACGGUCGUGCUCACUUUACUUCCACCAGUGCCGGCGUGGGCAGGACAGGCGUCUUCAUCACGCUUAGCAUCGUGCUGGAGCGGAUGCGGUACGAAGGUGUGGUGGACAUCUUUCAGACGGUGAAGAUGCUACGAACCCAGCGGCCGGCCAUGGUGCAGACGGAGGAUGAGUACCAGUUCUGUUACCAGGCGGCACUGGAGUACCUCGGAAGCUUCGACCACUAUGCAACCUAAAGCCAUGGUCCCCCCAGGCCUGACACCACCGGCCCCGGAUGCCUCUGCCCUUCCCGGGUGGACCUCCUGAGGCCUGGACCCCCAGUGGGCAGGGCAGGAGGCGGCAGCAGCUGCGUUUCUGCACCGUUUCCGGGGACCAUCAGCCCCUCAGGUCCCCCACUGGCCCCGGCCGCCCCAGCGACCUCCCUGGCACCGGCCGCCGCCUUCGAAUACUUGGCACAUUCCUCCUUUCCUUCCAAUUCCAAAACCAGAUUCCGGGGUGGGGGGUGGGGGGAACGGUGAGCAAACAGGAGUGCUCCCCACAAUCGGAGGAGGGCGGGGCACAGACCAUGGACAGACCCCUCGUCCUCCCCAGCGGUGGUGGGAGGACCCGGGGGCUCUUCCCCGCCCUGUAGCCUGGGGACACUGGGCUGGGACCAGAAUCCAGCUUUCUUUUAAAACUCUCAGUGUAACUGUAUCCCGUGACAUUUCGUUUUUUUUUAAAUAGUGUAUUUUUUUUUCCAUUUUUUUUUUAAGAGAAACAAACAAAAGAC